AUGUUCUGGAAGACAGCGAGGACAAUCCAGUAUGCACAAAUAUUUCUUGUUAUAGCUCCAGCUUUUAUCCUAUACGGCUACAACCAAGCUGGCCUUUCGGCGCUCCUCGAUCUCCCGGAUGUGAUCCGCUACUUUCCCCAGAUUGACACCGUCAACACACAUGGAGCCAAGAAGGCAGAGAAUUCAACCAUCCAGGGUCUCAUCAAUGCUUGUUUACAACUAGGAACCCUUGUUGGUGCAUUGUCCUGCUCCAUAACUGGUGAUGCACUUGGCCGUCGAAAGGCCAUCUUCGUCGCUGGGAUCUGCGCCGUAGCUGGUCAGGUUCUCCAAUGCACGGCAUUUUCACUUGGUCAGUUUACCGUGGGACGUAUCAUACUGGGCGCCGGGGUCGGCCAAUUGAGUGUUAUUGUGCCACUGUGGCAAGCGGAAAGCUCUUCUGCUAGUAACCGUGGACGUAAGGUCAUUACCGCUGGCAUCUUUAUUUGCAUGGGGUUUCUACUCUCCAGCUGGAUCAACGUAGGCUUCAGUAAGGCCCCCUUACCACCACUGCAGUGGCGGGUUUCGCUGGCAAUUCCCGUUUUACUUUGCUCCAUUAUCUGCAUCUCCAUUUUAACCUUUCCUAAAUCCCCUCGCUGGCUCGUCCAGAAACACCGCAUCACAGAUGCAGCAGAAGCCCUCGCGAAGCUCAAUGGCAUGUCCAGCGAUGAUGAGCAUGUCCAAUAUGAGAUAUGCCGAAUCAGAGAUUCGCUAGAGGGAGGCCCAAAAGUCUCCAUUAAGGAUGUAUUCAACAGGAACGAUCAGAACCGGCUCCUAUACCGGUUCGCAUUAUGCCUCAUAAUACAAACACUCCAACAACUCGUGGGCGGGAAUUUGAUUUUAAUCUACACAACGAGUAUCUUCGAGAGUAACUUGCACCUUCAAGGUGAUAUCCCAGCAAUCGUGGCCGCCAGUUCCCUUACCUGGAAGUUCCUUUGCUCUUUUAUAGCAUUUUUUGCAGUCGACCGUCUAGGAAGACGGUGGCUCUUUGUCCUAAGUGGGACUGGAAUGUCGAUAUGUAUGGUAGCCAUGGCCGCUGCCACGAGCUUUCCUGUAUCAAACCAUGCCGCGUCUAUUGUUGCAGCCGUCUUUAUAUUCAUAUUCAAUAUUUUCUGUCCAAUCGGUUUCUUGGGGGAAACAUUUAGUACUGCACUGAGAUUGCCCCUGCCCACCUACGAGCGGCCAUGUCCUCCAUAUCAAUCGCAAACCAUUGGCUGUGGAACUUAUAAUCACCAUGGUCACACCGGCGGUUACCACAGGGUGAUGCUCAGCUCAACGCGGGUGGCACGAGCGAGGACAAGGAUGCUGAAGGAGAAGUUGCCAGAGCCGAGUAAAGAGAAUUUGCUUAAUGGCUGGAACAAUACUAUUCCCCAAAUUCCCCACCAACAGGAGCACCACGUGCAGCAUCCAGGAACCAAAAAUGAUAUGAUCAGCGCGUCUGGCUACAUGGAAGUGUCACAUUCGCAUUACUGGACAGCCACGUCCAAGGGUAUAUAA